GAGAGACACGAAGCGGAAGAGACGUGGCACAUAAACAGAGAGGGAGGAACCAGCUAGCUGCUGCUGCUGCUACUUUACCGAUGACAGCUUGUGUAUCCGCCUCCCGUGAGGAUCCGAGCAGGAAGCGUCAAUGACAGCCACUCAAAGUCUGAACAGGCCGGGACGUGAUUAAAGUCUGUGUGACAGCACAGGUGGCUAUGGGUCUCUGCAAGUGCCCAAAGAGAAAGGUGACCAAUUUAUUCUGCUUCGAGCAUCGUGUCAAUGUGUGUGAGCAUUGCCUCGUCUCCAACCACAACAAGUGUAUCGUGCAGUCAUAUCUGCAAUGGCUCCAGGACAGCGACUACAACCCUAACUGUGCUCUGUGUAAUACUCUGCUGAAUGCACAAGACACAGUCAGACUCAUCUGCUAUGAUGUGUUCCACUGGUCCUGUCUUAAUAACUUGGCAUCUCGACUGCCACUCCAUACGGCUCCAGCAGGGUACCAGUGUCCCACCUGUCAGGGUCCAGUGUUUCCCCCCUCUAACCUGGCCAGCCCAAUUGCCGAUGUGCUGAAAGAACAGCUGUCAUCUGUUAACUGGGCUAGAGCUGGUUUAGGGCUGCCGCUGAUUGAAGAGCCCAUUGAGGCCCUUGAGGAGCCCACAGCAAAUGAUGUCACUGAUUAUACUGACUGGUCAACAUUUGAUGCACAAGAGCAAAGUAACGUAUACCCAAGCCACUCCUACAACACCAGCGUCAGUCCACCACCAAACCCAGUCUCAGCUCCAGCACAGGAAGAUCUUGGUGGUCCUCGUAAAAAUGGGGAUCCAAAUUUGCAGGAGCAGUCCGUAAUGAACUUUACUACUGGCAACGCCUGUGACACUGUAACAUUACACUCAGCAUCAUCCCCAAGAAAGCUCUAUGAUACUCGAGACGUCGGCCAAAGCUCUGUCACACAGAUUGACUUUGACGACGACAAAUACCGGAGAAGACCAGCGUUAAGUUGGUUUGCUCAAAUUCUCAAGAACCGCACCGGUGGAAAGCGGACAUCUCUGUCCUGGAGGCAGCGGGUCUUCAUGCUCCUUCUGGUCGGAGUGCUUGGAUUUUUUACGUUGAUAAUCAUCAUGGCUAAACUCGGACGUGCCUCGGCUGGCUCAGACCCAAAUUUAGAUCCUCUUCUUAACCCCAACAUUCGAGUGGGGAAAAACUGAAUACCAGCAUCGAUCUGUUUCUCUUCCUUCUGUGUUACCUUGGGACUUUCAAUACACGGUUAUGCCAGUAGAGGGAGCUGUUUACCCAACUUGAGUGGAAAAGAGAUGCUGCAUCUCUUCAGAAUGGAAUUACUGGAUCCAUUCAUUUACAUCAGACAUUACAAACAUGCCAUGGCCCUUCUGACCAUGAAAAUAUGUCACAACAUUCAGGAGGUGCUCUGUGAUCCCAGCUAAGCAACCUGAAAGUUUAAUGUUGGACCAAGGCCUGAAAUCGUGAACGGUAGAUAAAAGGGUCCAGUAAGUGUUGCUAUCUGUUGACAAAGAGUAUUUAUAUUUACUAACAUUCGUCACUGACCUUUUUUAAGGUCAAAUUUUUAGUUCAUUAGAAACUAAUCAAAACGCUGUUGAUGUUGAGAGAACAUCCGUUGCUGGUUGAAAUGUCAGAAUGUAUAUAUUCAGUUACGAAACGUUAAGUAACGUUCACAGGGUUACAAACUGAUUCCACAUGUGGAUUUGAAUUGAGUGGCCUUACAGAAGAGGUCAGAACUGGAAUCAAAUACCCCCUCACAUGAUUAACACAACUAUUUAUGGGUGUCUGCUUUAUUUCUGAAAUUGAGUGUAUUGCUUUUAGACUUGCCAUACAUGUACAUUUCCCUGAUGUUUUUUUGACCGUCUAUUAAAGGGGAAUACUACAGAACUUCAGUAUGUUAAUAUUUUUCACACUUCAUGAAUCAUCUGCUGUGCACAGGCAAAAUCAAGAGUGCAGGAAGUUGUAUUAUUUCAAUUUCUAUGAUGAUGAAUAAUAUUAAGUUAUAAAACAAAUAUAUUACUAUUCCAUAUUUGACUGCAGUUGUUCAAACAUGUUAUUCCUCUUCCCAGGUUUUAGUAACAGAUUGUGACAUAUGGAUACCACCAUAGUAAAUUGUAAAUUUGUCAAAGAAAGAUUUAUGAGUGAAAAUAACACAAAGCAAAAUUGCACCAUAACGGCAAGUAACUACUCAUUUACUCUCUCUAAUUUCUCUGGCAAGACUACAUAUUUCUCUGACUCCCGUAAUAAAAGUUUCCUUUCAAA